AUGGCGGAUAAUUCGGCUUACAUGAGCGCUGGUGGUUGCAGUUUUGGCUACAUGGGAUCGAAAACUUCAUCAUCUGGAUACGCACGUGAAGACUAUGCAUCCAGUGGAAACUGUGGAGAAGCCAGCAAAAACCAAAACCAACGAUCGGGUCGAAAUACCAAUCCAGGACAACAAGUCAUUAAGGCUCGCACCGAUGAAUCGUACUAUCUUGGAUCAUAA